AUGCCCAGCCGUGCUCCGCACCUGCCCGGGGAGCGGCUUUUGUUAUCGGCAGGGCUGCGGGAGCGAUGUACGAGGGCCCCGCCGCCGCCUCCGUGCCGGGAGCAGCGCCCAGUGCCCGUGGCCCCCCUCACCCCCCAGCAGAUCGAGGAGACCCUGCAGUACUUCCUCCUGUGCGCUGAGCGGGUGGUCAGGAUCACAAAGACCUACCACGACAUCGAUGCCGUCACCAACCUGCUGGAUGAGAAAGAGCGGGACCUGGAGCUGGCGGCGCGCAUCGGGCAGUCCCUGCUGAAGCAGAACCGGAGCCUGACCGAGCGCAACGAGCUCCUGGAGGAGCAGCUGGAGUUGGCCAAAGAGGAGAUCGCGCAGCUGCGCCAUGAGGUCUCCAUGCGGGAUGACCUGCUCCACUUCUACACCACCACCACGGAGGAGAGCGAGCCCACCUCUGCCCCCUCCACGCCGCUGCGCCGGCAAGAGUCCUCGCUGUCCCUGCAGCAGUACUUCCAGUACGACACCUUGCAGCAGAAACUCAAGUGCCUGGAGGAGGAGAACCAGAAGCUUCGCAUGGAGGCCACCAACAUCGCAGCCGAGACCUGUCAGUACGAGGACCAGGAGCAGCAGCUGAUGAUCGACUGCGUGGAGCAGUUCUCUGAAGCAAGCCGUCGGGUCGUUUACCUCUCCGACGAGCUGGCCCGCAAGGCGGAGGACACGGCACGGCAGCAGGAGGAGAUCAGCCAGCUCCUGGCACAGGUUGUGGACCUGCAGCAGAAGUGCCGCACGUACGGCUCGGAGGUGGAGGAGCUCCAGCAGCACCUGGCCGUGGCGAAGGAGGUGCAGCAGCAGCUCCGGACGGAGGUGAGCCCAGGGAGGGCCUGGCCAUGGGUGCUCCGGAGCUAUCUGCGUGUCUUUGAGACGGUGAAAGCGGUGAACCAGGUGGCCAAAGCCAAGUCUUGCUCCGAGUCUCCCCACAACAUGCCGGGCUCCAAGCAGUUGUCAGCCGCCCCCUCCGGCGGGGCCAGCACCCCCCACACCAGCUGCUCCGGCUCGGAGGGCACCCACAGGGGCAAGGGGGCCGGAGAGGAGCCCCGGGCCGCCCCGGGCCGGCAGGACCUGGAGGCGGCAGUGCAGCGGCUGUCGGUGCGGCAGCAGAGCCAUGCCUCGGAGGAGCGCUCCUUCUUCGAGGCAGAGCGGGAGCACAAGUUGUGGCGGCUGAGGGAGGGGGAGAGCUCCAGCGGUUUCCUCACCCCCAACGAGAGCAUCAUCUCUACCGGGACCAACUGCUCCGGGGGCUCGGAGCUCACCGCUGGCUCUGGCUUCUCCCUCGGCUCCCUCACCUACCUGCCCGACAAGCUGCAGAUCGUGAAGCCCCUGGAAGGCUCUGUGACGCUCCACCACUGGCAGCAGCUGGCGCGGCCCAACCUGGGUGGGAUCCUAGUGCCCCGUCCCGGGGUGCUCACCAAAGACUUCAGGCAGCUGGACAUCGACCUGGAGGAGGUCUACAGCCUCAACGACCUAGAGGAGGAUGACGUGGACGCCAGCUCCUUCCAGCUGCUCCCUACCUCAAUGCCUGCCAAAGCCAAGGAGCGCCCCGGGGUGUUCCUCUCUGUUAACAACCUCCCCCAGACCCCGUCUACCUUCACCAUCACCACCUGCCGCUCUCUCUUCCCCUCCAGUCUGUAUAACGCCGUCGUGCCUUCUUGUGGGCCCCUUGAGGGGCUGAGCCUCGGCAACCCCUCGCCGGAGCUGUCUUCCCCUGCGCUGAUGCCUGGCCCCGGACCCCCGAGCACCCCCGUGGGACUCGUCAGGCUCUUGCUCCUGCGGGGCAUCUCCGCCUCGGUGCCAGCGACUGGGUCGAGGUGGGCCCCCCCGCUCCCCUCCCAGGACCCCCAGCAUGCUGACAGCCGGCCCUUGCCUGCGGGCAGGGGGCAGGACAGACCCCCCCCCAGGAGCAGCAUCUUCAGCUUGAACUUGGUGGAGAAGCUGCGGCGCCUGGGGCUGGACAAGGUGGUGGCCAGAGGGGAGAUGUCCUAUGCCCGGGGCCAGCGCAGGGGAGCCUGGGGCGCGCUGACGUGA